UAGGCACACACACACAGACCUCGCCACUGAAACCAGGACAUGGUGGAGGGAUAAGCCACCAACAACACAGAAGAGACAGAGUGGGAAACAGUUCUACCAAAUGACUGAUGCCAUUUAAGAGAUAUGUGAGAGUUAAUGAGAAAAAUGCAGCAGGUAUAAACUGGAAUGGGAAUCGAUUAAGGAUAGAGAGAAUGGGAGAGAGGGGAGGAGGGGGGAAAGAGAGGGAGGAAAGGAAGAUCAACGAGCUCUGAGAGCGGCGAGGAUCAGCAGCGACAGAAUGAGACGGAGGGAGAUAGAGAGCGGUGAAGAGGUAGAAGAGAGCGCAGUUGAAGACUGAAGGACUAACAGACACAAGGGAGCCACACUGGGAACACAGGAUAGGAGAAGAAUGAGGACCAAAGAGUGCAAGAGAAGAAUAAAACAGAAAAGUCCAGAGAAGUCAUCUGCUGAGGCACAUCAGUGGGAAACUGGCUGCCAUGUUCUGUCAGAAACUAAAAUAAAGUGGAUUUCGUGUGUGGAUAUUAUCAAUGGAUAAAGAAUAAAGGUUUAUUGAAAACAGGAUUACUUUGACGCCUCCACAGAAAAACAGUUUUAAUCUGUGCUCAAACUCCCUGGGACAAAUAGAAGAACAUUCCAGCUUCCUCUUGGAUAUUAUCCCCUUGAGGUUGGCUGAUGUCACUGCUCACCUCCAUCACUUUCAGCUCCUCUGGGGGCUGAGCCAACCUGCAGGGUAGCAUGGGCAGAAGAGUGGCUGACCCAAACAAUCCUGUGCCAGCUCUGGGGGUUCCUCUGGCAGGGGGGCAAUGGGGCCCGCUGUGCAGUGUUGGGGUGCAGACAUCUCCCAGACUGCGGACUCUCCCGUCCAUCAAACGACACAGCACCCAAACAACCAACAGAAAUCAGCUACUUGCCAUGGCAACCGACAAAACAAAGGAUGCGGAGACAGCAGGAGCAAUCAGAAGUGACAGCACCAGCCCGGCAGUGUCCAAGGAGACAUCUCAGAACGAGAUCAACAGCCUAACACAGGACGACAUGGGAUCACAGGGGUCAGGCGGUGGAGUUUACUGCCAGAUCAAAACCUCACGGACUAAUCCCAAAGACACAAAAGGCAGGAAGGCACCUCGGUAUGCAAAUGGGAGUGUGGUAGCUUCUGAUGUGGUGGGAGGUGUUUGCACUGAAGCCACAGAAAGUAAGGAGAUGACCCAGGAGUGGAGAAGGGUGCAGUCUUUGAGAGGAGAAACCCAUCGCUCAGUAUCAAAGACAGUGAGCGCUCGUACGUCUGCACAAGCCAUUACGCCUCGGCCCUGUCGAGUAAUGACGAAUCCUCCACAUAGCCUUUGUGGGACAUGUGGGAGGAGACGGUCACAGAUCACACCGUGCACAGGCGCAUGCAGCAGGAGGGUGGUCAGUCAAAUCACAGCAAGCCAGACCUUGCCUAAUCCACCACGAAAAGCAUCCGUGGCCGUGACACAGUCUAGGAAAGCCUCUGCAGCUCCGAGCUCUCAGUCAGGCUCAAAAAACUCCCAGACGGUCGAUACACAGCACACAACAGCAAAGGCGGCUCAAGCACCACACCUUUCACACACAAUACCAAAAACCAACAGUUCCCACUCUAACCACACAACACAAGCGCAAAACAAAACAAGAGACUCAAAGAUGACACGGCCGCAUUCUGCCGACUUCACUUAUUACAAAGACUCAGCAACGCAAACAACAGAAACACACCUGGACAAUAACACAGACGCCACCAACAGCACUCACAUGCAAAAGACACAAUCAUCAACGAAAGAGGACGCUAAACUAUAUGCAGCUGAAAAGGUCAUCGACACUUUGUCCCAAACCCACAACGCUGAAAGACUUGUAAAUGAGAAUAUUUCAGCCUGCAUCACCUCCAAGCCUCAAGCAUCUUACUUUCACAAUGACACAAAAUUUAGAAGCACCCCUCCUCUUCCACCACAGCAUCCUUCAAGCAUCCUCAACUGUAAACCAGCCACACCCACAGAGCAAACCAAAGACCAAGACACCACAAACACAUCUGAACAAUCCUCUGAGCUGAUCAAGUUCAAGGACCACACAAAGCAGAAGAGUAAAUCCUUUGAUGACCACAUUCUGCCUUGUAAGACUCAUGUGCAAGCACAAUGCAACGGAGCUCCAGGAGGACUUCCAGAUGGACGUGCAGUGAAUGCACCACGGGGACUGGAGAGGCAGCUCCAGACUGUGGAGGAGAGCUUGCUGUCCAACCACGAGAAGAUAAAGGUGCUCCUCAACGUGAUUCAAGACCUGGAGAAGAGCAAGGCCUUCAGCGAAGGUCGCAAAUCCUACAGAACCGGUCAGGACAUCAACAACUGUUCUACUUGUCAGAAGACAGCCUGCAUCAUCUACAGCGUGGAGCAUGAUUUCAGACAGCAGGAGGGACGCUUCCAGGGGGUAAUGGAGGCCCUUGAGGGGGAAUAUGAUGUACCUGCAACAACUCUGACCAAACCCACAUCAGCUCCAUCGUCCUCCACGCGCCCCAGUACCAAGGCACGUGUCAAGAAACUGCGCAAAAAGUGCUUCUGGUGGCUGUGAAAUAAACUUUCCAUUUUUCUGCAGUUAGUGCAUUCUGCUGUGGAUUACGUCUCAAGACACCUGAGAGGCUCUACUAUAAAGGAAAAAACUAACAUCUCAAGUGGCUGUGCAGUAUAAUUAAGUUUCCUUACUUGGAUGGGACUUUUUUGUGUUCUUUUUUUAAACGGGAUUCUGCUUUGCACCAACCCAUCUCUAAGUCUGACAAAACACAUCAGCGGUGAGGUGGAGGAGAUGGAGUUGCACUUAAGAAGGAAACGAGGACCAAAGCAGCGACAGAAAGUUUCUCAGACUGUUAAACAGGCUUGAAGAGCAGGAUUUACAAAGUAAAGUGAAAUUAAAAACACAGUAGACCGCAUCAGACCUAUAACACAUAGAUGAAAAGGCUUUGAGACACUGGAUAACAGAUGUGUCUGUUGUUUCAAACUUUUACAAAGCAACUUUCUAUACUCAUGGAUGGAUGUUUAUGAAGAAUUUUGUUAAAGUAUUACAACACCAAGCAGGAAACUUAAAUUUAUUUGAAAGAUACAAGGACUAAACUGCUUGAAAUGUUAUUUUUGAUGGCUUGGCUGCCAAACUCUGAAUGUAGCAAAAAAUGAAUUCUAUGGGACUUUUCAGUAGAAAAGAAGAACUGAGAUGGCUCUUUGGAUCAUCAACAGUUUGCAAAGCAAAGUGGAGAAUGUACUUUGUUAUCAUGUUAGCAGACAUAGUGCUGGGCAGCUGAUCAAAGAUCGAGUACUUUGGACGCAGAUUCUGUAAAUGUCGGCUGCGAAAGUCUUUUUUUCUUCCUUUCUGACCAGAAUAGAAGUGUUUUCUGUAACAUCAAUCUUGUUUAAAUGAUGCUCAUACUCUCUCUUUCUCUCAUACACACGCACCUACAUACAUGUGCAAAAACAUGCUCAAUAAAGGAACAAAGAAACUUUAGAUCACAAAUGUAAACAUAUUGAGACCUGCAAGGACGCAGCCAUUUACAUUACUUUUUGGGUCAAAAAGGUGUUACCAUGAUCCAAGACAAACUAGUGGUAGACAGCGUAACAUUAGAGUAGUAAAUAACAAUUCAUUUUAAAGUAGCUUAAAUGUAACAAUAUUUGUGAAAUUCUAAUCAGAUUACAAUCAUAAUUUUGGUCUCAUUUGAACAAAUUGACUAUGAUGUGCGGAUAUAAAAAUUCAUGGCUUUUACAACAGGGAUAACAUAAGGGUUUGCUUAAAAAAGUCUUGAUUACCUCAAAAAGAAGAAAAAGUUUAAGAAUGUAUUUGAAGUUGGCAUCAUUCUUUAAACACAGGAGUUAGACAAUUGUAUGCUGAAACUGACUUAUUCUGGGAUCAUAUUUCUUUAAAUGAAGUGACUGGUUUGGUAGAAUCCUAUGAAAAAUGUCCAAUAUUGCUGAAUUAAGAACUUAUACAUUGAAAAUAAAGACCAAAAACAGUCAUCUGGCCAUUGAAAAACAAAGAAAACAGUAAAUGUUUACAGCAAUGAAUUCACUAUAAAUCUUUUUUCAGCAUUCAGGUAGUAAUUUUUAGUAGUUGCUGCAUUAAGCAACGGUCAUAAAUACACAAUAUGAGUCAACAAAACCCUUCCAACUUAAAAUAAAAACUAAAAUAUUAAUAAAAAGCACACACUUAAUAAAAUGUUCAAACCCAAUUAGAAGCAAAACAGCGAGCUGUGUUAAACUACAAAAAAUGUGAUUAAUCAAAACUUACACAGCAUACUUUCUUUGUGACCUUAUUCUGUUCUAUAUCCAAACAGUUUUUAUUUGUUUUGUUUUUUGCACAGGCACAUCAUUGUACAAGAAUUCCUCCACAGCACUUUAGAGCAUAACUACUAAUCUCAUAUGAGCCUUUCAGUAUCCCCUGCUGAUAUUUCGCCCCCUAUUAGAGUCCAUGAUGGCACUACAAUUAGUAAUUACCCAAUCUAUAUUCAAAACGUCUUAGCAUUUUCAGAAGCUGUCCCUUGAAAAUGUGUGACCCUCCUAGAAGGCCUUCUCCUGAUCUUCCACAUGUAUGUGCAAUAAAAGUGUAUUUUAAACAAAGAAAAAAAAA